GUCAAGGCAAUCAGGCUAGUAACAACUUCUCGCGAGAGUUUAGAUAUGGCUGCGCCUAUGCAGAUUUUGCGGUCGUCCAUGCGACUUGCGUCGUAUCGAUGUGUAUGCAAAGGAAGAUGGAAUCGCAAGGCAGCUGUAGUUACCAUACCCUCGCGAGAUCUCAAUCUACAGGAAUACCAAAGCAAGAAGUUAAUGGCAGACGGAGGGGUCUCGGUACAAAAAUUUGUAAUGGUCAAUAAUCCAGAUGAAGCUAAAGAGGCUUCAGAAAGGCUAAAGGUUGAUGAAUAUGUGAUUAAAGCUCAAAUUCUUGCGGGUGGACGAGGCAAAGGAACUUUUUCUAACGGCUUCAAGGGAGGCGUCCAUUUAACUAAAGAUCCAUCCAAAGUAGAAGGGAUUGUUGAAAACAUGCUUGGUUACAAACUGACGACGAAACAGACAUCUGCUGAUGGGGUCAAGGUCAACCAGGUUAUGGUAGCAGAGGCUCUGGAUAUCGCCAAGGAGACAUAUUUUGCCAUCGUUAUGGACCGAGGGUUCAACGGUCCUGUCAUGGUCGGCAGCAAACAUGGCGGUGUGGAUAUUGAGGAAACAGCUGAAAGAGAUCCGGACUCCAUUAUCAAGGAGGCUGUGGACAUUGUAACUGGUAUCACAGAGGAACAGGCCUUCAGGAUGGCCGAGAAGUUAGACUUUACUGGAGAACAUCUACAAGAGGCAGCUACUCAGAUCACCAGGCUCUAUAACCUGUUUGUGAAGGUAGACGCCACACAGCUGGAGAUCAAUCCGUUCGGAGAGACACCAGAUGGACGAGUUGUGUGCUUUGAUGCUAAGUUGAAUUUCGACGACAAUGCAGCAUUCCGCCAGAAGGAAAUAUUUGAUAUGGAGGACACGAGUGAAACAGACCCCCGUGAGAUUGAGGCGAACAGACUCAAGUUAAACUAUAUUGGACUGGAAGGCAGCAUAGGGUGUUUAGUCAAUGGAGCAGGUCUUGCUAUGGCUACAAUGGACAUUAUCAAGCUUCACGGAGGAGAACCAGCCAACUUUUUGGAUGUAGGAGGGGGUGUAUCAGAACAGCAAGUUUACGAUGCUUUCCAGCUCCUCACCGCUGAUUCUCAUGUCAAGGGAAUUCUUGUCAACGUGUUUGGUGGCAUUGUAAACUGUGCGACUGUUGCCACUGGUAUCCUUAAGGCAUGUAAGAGAAUCAACCUGAAGCUCCCCCUGGUGGUGCGACUAGAAGGGCAAAAUGUAGAAGCAGGAAGAAAAAUUUUGGAAGAGAGUAACCUGCCCAUCAAGGCAGCUUUUGGAUUUGAGGAAGCAGCAAAGUUAGCUGUAGCCAGUGUGAAGUAGAACAGACAGAAUUUGUAGUUACUUGUCUUACGUCAUAUCUGUGCUGUAAGGUGCUAAACCUGCAUUACAAUAUAUCUGAAGACUUGCCAUUUUAUUUUAUUUUGAGCACAGCACGUUUGAAAUGAAAAUAUAAAUUUUAGAAUUUUAAUCAUCUCUGGGAUACCAUUUACAAGGUUUUUAAAAAAAAAAACUUUAGUUAGGAAAUCAAGGUGGCGGCUUGUAGUGGAGUGUUUCUAUUAAAAGAAAUACUACCCAAAUUUUAAAUCUUCAAAAUUUUGAUUCACCUGUUAAAAAUGUUUUGGAAGUUUUGCGGUAAAAGACACAAAAAUGAAAAACAUGUUUUCACAAGUGGUAUAGAAAUGAAGUAAUAUUGUGUGUAUGAUUUGCAGUCUUAAUGUGAUAGUUUCAAUGUUGUUCAAGAUUUAUUUGAAAGGCAGCAAUCAUAUUGUGGGAAACAUUGUUAAAAAAUUGUGUGAUGAUGUAAAUCCAUUUUGGUAGUGAUAAUCAUGUUUAAACAAUUACCAGGUAUGGUAACUUUGGAAGUGUUAAAAUAUGAUAAUUGCUUGAUGAAAAAUUAAAAAAAAUUUUUUUUACAUUAUGUGUCAAGAUAUCACCAAAUCAUGAUAUGUUUUAUUUAAAAUUUGUCCUCAUUGUGUGAAAAUUUUGAGUGCAUAGCCACAUUGUUUCAUCUUUUCAAGUUAAAAAGGGGCUGUUGUAGCUCAGUUGGUUAGAGGGGCGGCCACCUAGUCUCAGAUGAGAAAAGGGCCGGUCUGUGCUGUCGUUGUUGUGUGCUUGGUCAAGACACUUUGCCCUAAUUGCUUUACGAUGGGCCUCUCGUAUGUUGUUAUGUGAGGUAGUCACCAACUACAACACGGAGAUCCUGCCUCAAAGUAACCCUGGCUGUUCAUGAGGCGAUAAACCCAGCAAACAAACAAACGUUUUACGAAGUUAUGGACGGUAUUAGUAACACAAUCUGAUUUUCGAUAAAGCUUCACACAAGCUUUUCCUAAUUUACUAGCUAAUUGAAGAAUACCUCUAUUUAAGGUAUUGUCUUGUUUCCAUUAGUGGAGUGUGUCCAAUCAAUGUACAGAGAAAAUGACGAUAUACAUACUAAUAUACAUCAGGAGAGUGCUGAAGUUGUGUUCCAAUGAUUUUAUUAAUAUCAAAUUGUACGUACAUUUACCUCAAAAUCAAUCAGUCAUGAUGUAAUUAAAUUGUAUUUAUAUUCGUUGAUAAAUCAUCGGUAAUAUUUUUCAUAUUUACAAAUAUUAUAUUCAUGGAUUUUUCACAUUUACAAAUAUUGUUUUCAUGAAAAAUAAAUGUGUGCUUAUUACAAUUAGUUAAAAAUGCAUGAUGAAUGUUCAAAUUGUUCAAUGACAGUUUGGUCUUAUAUGUAGGUGGAAAUCAAUCGUAACAUAUGGCGUAAAUCCUGGUAAUAAGUCAUUUAAAAACAUCUGAUGUUGCAUUGUGUAAUCAGGCUUCUAAACAGGUUUGUUUGUUCACUCUGGUGUUUAUUGUUUGUCGUAAAUUUGUAGACUUUGUGAUACAUAGUGACAUGUGAUAAAGAAUAUAUAUAGGAUAUGUGCGUUCAGAUUUCAGUAGAAAUCUGUAAUAUACGGUAUAUGGAAAUUUGCUCCUUGUAGUUUUAGUAGAAUUCAUUUAGAAGUUAUUAUUAAUUAUACAUAACUAUAUGUUGUCAGAUAAAGUAUUUUAAUUUACAUUGUUACAUGUAUGAUAGUAUUGUCUAUUUCUGUAAAUGACCUUAGCUGUUAAUAGGACGUUAAACAAAAUAAACCAAACCAAACCAAACUAUUUCUGUAGAGUAUUUUCAGGAUGAUGUAUUCUAAGAUUUCUAACCCGGUAUCCUAUAACUGGCCUUUUGUUUUAAGAUACAAUAUUAUUGUACAUUUAAACAUUCAAGAAAAUUUAUUCUCCUAAUCAAAGUGAAAAGUUUGUAAAUUGAUUUAUAAAAAAAAAAAAAAUGGUUAGAAUAUGUUGGGAGAUAGUAUAGAGUUUGUUAUGAAUACUGUUGUGUACCAUUUUACAGAGUUAUCAGGGUCAAGGUCACACUCAGGAUGUGCAAAUUAAGGUCUAACAUGUUGUUCUUGUGCCAUGAAAAUCGGUAAAAGGUAGGUAGUAGGUGUGUAAAGUUUUGUUGUAGGUAGAUAUGGAAUUAAAUGCUUGCCAAGGUGAUCUCAUUUACACCAUUCCAUCGAGAUGUGUCGAUGCACAGGCCCUUGUCACAAUACAUUUUUCCUAUAAAUUUUUCCUAUAGGUUCAAUCCUGUAAUACAUGUAUUAAAUGGAUAUAAAAACGUAUGCAAUGGCCAACCUGUAGACAAAAUAGAUUGCAACAAGUACCUGUGCCUCACAUAUCUUUAACUUCAAUUUGUUUAAUACCUUUUCAACUUAACAUACCUCUAUCAUGUCCUUGUUCAUCAAGGUCAUUUCAAGGUCAAGUUGACAAAAUAUAUACCAGGUGUUUCUGCUGACUUUACACUGCACUGUGUAUCAAUUUCAGGUCCCCUAUAUCAACAUUUUGUUGGAGGAAAUUAAUAAGUGAAGUCCUGCUGAUUUUUGUUAUGACAAUGAGUGUGAUAUAUUGGUUCAUGUUUGCAUUGAUGUAGUCCACAGUUGUACCAUUUAUAUGAAGGAAAAACAGAGCUUUUUGUUUGAUAUGUGUUCAAUAUGAAAUGCACUGGUAAAUAACCAGCAAGACCUGUAUAUACUGACCACCUUAGGAGCAUGCCUGUAUAUACUGACCAUCUUAGGGGCAGACCUGUACCUGUAUAUUCCGACCACCUUAGGGGCAGACCUGUACCUGUAUAUACCGACCACCUUAGGGGCAGACCUGUACCUGUAUAUACUGACCAACUUAAGGGCAGACCUGUGCCUGUAUAUACUGAUCACCUUAGGGCAGACAUGUACCUGUAUAUACUGACCACCUUAGGGGCACACCUGUAUAUUAAUAACUAUCAAUUCAAUUUUAAAAGCAAAUGAUUUAUCAGACUCCUCUUUGCAGUCUGGUUUUGCCCAAUCAGGGCUGAAAUUUAUAGACAAGUCUGACUGAUAAAGACAGGUAUUUCUUUUGUAUGUCUGACUUUUGUAUAAAGGUAUUUCCUUAGUAGUUCUUGCCUAUAUAGACAGGUAUUUUCUAGAAGUGGGUGACAUUGCCAGGUGUUUUAAUUACAGAGGUGACCUAUAUGAACAGGUUUUAAAAUUGGAUAAUUGAUAUGAACAUAUUAUGUAAAUAUAUUGAUUUUAUGAAAGAGGAUAAAAACAUAUGUGCCAAUCAGAA